AUGUCGUUUCUCUUCGGCCAACGGCCGCAACCGACCUCGGCGGAGAAGAUCGCGGCAGCAGAAGCAGAGAUAGAGAUGGUCAGCAAUAUGUUUAACCAAUUAGUAGACACCUGCGCCCGCAAAUGCAUACCGCCCCAAUACCGAGAGUCAGACCUUAACAAGGGCGAAUCGGUAUGCCUCGACCGCUGCGUUGCCAAGUUCUUCGACGUCAACGUCAAAGUUUCCGAGAAGAUGCAGACGGAGGCCGCGCAAAGACAAGGAGGCGCCGGU